AUGCCUCAACUCGAAGAGACCCAGCCUUAUCGGGUGAAGAACCAGUAUCAUUCGCAGGGCAGAACGAUCCGAGUCAUCAAUGUCGGCGCCGGGGCAGCGGGAUUGUUGAUGGCGUACAAGAUGAAGAAGCUGUUCUCGGACUAUGAACUUAUCUGCUACGAGAAAAACCCGUCUGUGGCAGGCACUUGGUAUGAGAAUAGGUACCCGGGAUGCGCCUGCGAUGUUCCCGCCCAUGCAUAUACGUUCAGCUUUGAGCCGAAUCCCGAGUGGGAUUGCUUCUUUGCCUACGCUCCGCAGAUCAAGCGGUACUUCGAGGGCUUCGCGGAGAAGUACGACCUCAACAAGUACAUCAAGCUCAACUCCAAGGUGACGAGCGCCACGUGGGAUGAGGCGAAGGGUAUCUACAAUCUCAAUAUCAACAGUGAAGGCCAGGAACUUGAAGACUGGUGCCAUGUCCUCGUCAACGGUACAGGGUUCCUCAACGACUGGAAGUGGCCGAAGAUACCAGGACUGCACGACUUCCAAGGCAAGCUCCUUCACAGCGCCAACUGGGACCAGGAUGUUGACUACGAUGGCAAGACUGUGGCCGUGAUUGGGACUGGAUCAUCUGCUAUCCAGAUCGUACCACAAGUCCAGAAGAAAGCCUCACAUCUCACAGCAUUCAUGCGCUCAGUCACCUGGAUCUCCCCCGUGGUUGGCGAAGCAGAAAUCGAAGCCGAAAAGGAGAAGCACACCAGCCAAUCCGAACGUGAGCCGCAGGACGAGAAGAAACUUAUGAAGCAGUACUGGUACACUGAAGAGGACAAGCAGCGCUUCCGCGAUGAUCCAGAGCAUCUUCUCCAGUAUCGAAAGAAACUCGAGUCGGCGGUAAAUAGCAUGUUCGACAUGUUCAUCUCCAACUCCGACGUCUCCAAAGGUGCCAACGAUAUGAUGCGUGCGGAGAUGAACAGACGCAUUGGACCAGGACACGAAGAGCUGAAGAACCGACUCAUUCCAAGCUGGUCACCAGGCUGCCGCCGUAUCACGCCUGGGGAUGGUUAUCUGGAAGCUCUGGUGAAGCCGAACGUCACGACUGUCCAUGAGGAGAUCGAGAAGAUCGUGCCCGAAGGCCUACUUGAUGGAUCCGGAAAGCUGCACAAGGUCGACAUCAUCGCUUGUGCUACGGGUUUCAACAUCGCCUUUGCUCCGCCGUUCGAAGUCUACGGUACCAACGGCGCCAACAUGCGGCAGGAGUUUGAUCCUGAGCCGCAGGUCUAUCUCGCCAUGUCUGUCCCGAAGUUUCCUAAUUAUUUCGUGGUGAAUGGCGUUCGGGGUAACUGGGCGAACGGGACAUCUCUUCCAGGACACGAGGCUUGUGUAGAGUACAUCCUCAAAUGUGUUAAGAAGAUCCAGAACGAGAACAUUCGGGCUCUCGAGGUCAAACAAGAACCAAUCACGCAGUUGUACGAACACAUCGAUGCGUGGCAUCAGGGGAGUGAUGAGCAGGGUGAGCAUCCGGGAAGCGUGUGGAACGAGGAUUGCAAGAGCUGGUAUAAGAACAACAUUCGGGGAGGGAAGCUGUGGAUCUGGGGUGGUUCGGCUCUGCACUUUAUGAAGACGAUCAAAGAGGUCAAGUGGGAGCAUUACGACCACCGCUACAACGGCAACAUGUGGUCUUUCCUCGGCAACGGCAGGGUGAAGGCGGAGAUGCUUAAAGAUACAUCGCGGUUGGCACCGUACAUGCGUAACUCGGACGUGCCGUGGGACAUUGAGUGA